AUGGCAGACAAAGAUACGGACGUGAACAGUCGCCUGGAUGAGCAGAUCCAGCAGAUGCGCCAGAAUAUCGUGGAGGUACGCAAGCGCCGUGAGCUGGCCGAAUUGCAAGCGGAAUUUGAAUCGGAGAAUAGACUCUUUGAAGAGGCUCAGCGCAGGCUAGAGGCUAUGCGCGCGCCGGCGCCGGAGAGUCACGGUGCACCUGCUCACGCUAAUUCCAAUAUCAAUUCCAAUGCCAAUGUGGUCACGCAGACCCCGUCGAAACAGUUAACGACUACGAAUGGGGCAUCUGCUCUUCUCAGUCCGCAGAUGAGUACUGGUGGGUUCACCAUCAAGGGCACAGCGCACACUAAGGCUGUGGAUCAAUUCAUGGAUUCUCUACACGGUGAGAUGGGUAGAGCAGAGCCUAUAUUACCUCCGGUACAUGACGAGGGAGCCGCGAAUGGCGGGUUGCGGUCUACUUCACAAUCUGCUCCUACCCCUAUCCAAGCUCCCCAGACGCCGGGACAUCGGCCUCAAAGUCAACAUUCGCGUCGCCCUAGUGAACCAGCCAAUCCUCUCUCGCCCAUCACUGAACAGGAGCCUUGUCUUACGGUAAUACCCCCAAGGACUCGUUCGCAAGUCUCCGAAGCGGAGUCGGGCUCAGAACACUCGACAGUGAUAAGCGAGGAGCACGAAAGUGAUCAAUCGGACGGUAGCCACAGCAGAAACUCCGAUCCAGAUGAGUCGAUGGACAUGGACCAGAGCAGCUCGCCCCAAAUCCCGUCGAAUACGCCCAGAGGCCCGUCACGUUCCAUGACAACAGCCCCGUUGAGCCGGGGUGCUCAACGCUUGCAACACCCUGCACCGGAUCCAUCGAUGCCUAAAUACCAAGCCGAUAGCUGGCAGUCAUGCUUGAAGCUGAUGCAGGCCCUGGAAACGCACUUUUCGAUACACCCAGAAUUCUACAGCUUCGAGGAUCGCAAAGUACAGCUCGGUGAAAAAUAUCUCAACGCAGCCUUGGCUUCUGAAUGGGAUGAUCGGCGCCGCAAGUUGCGGGGGCCGUCCUGGGUGGCAUUCUGUCUUUUCCUCGCGGAGCAGCUUGCGGAAUUUGUCAAACCCGAUGUGGCGCGGCGCAAGUAUACCGGUACCUAUCAGAGGCAAGGUGAGGGGAUUCUCAACUUUGCGAUGUAUUUGCAGCAAUAUGCGCCACAUUUCAAUUCGGCACAUCAUAACCGAGUGCGUCAUUUCCAUGACAGAGUUCUACCGAAAUUCAGGAACCGAGCAGGAAGGAAGUGGCACAACUUUGAUGGGCUUCAUGAGAUUGUGGAGUGCAUGGUUAAGGUUGAGCAGUCACUUCCCAAUUAUGACGGAUUAGGCCCGCGCAAACGAGUGCGGGCGAAUAGUUGA